CAUGUUGUGUGAACAAGCGUGAAAUCUCACGUCGGAAACCUCCAGAGGAUUGAAGAACACAACCCAAUCUUACUCUUGAGGCAUGUAUCCGCGCCAAGAACAAUGCAUGCCGUACGGCAGCCAGUACGGUUACUAUCCGACACAGAGUGAAGCAAGUAGUGGACCUUACUCUGCGGACGUUAACAUACCACACUGGAACAGCGCGCCGGUGCAGCACCAGCCUCAAAUCACGAGCAAAAUGUACCCGUACCAAGCAGACAGCUCCCAGCUAUAUCAAGCGAGUAACUCCAGGCUGGAUCCGACAAUUGCUUUCCCGGUCGCAAUUCGACCCAGCGCCUUUGAGCACGCACGGUUUAUUGACAAAAUGCAACCAGCGUUCACUCGGAUAAAGAAGGAGAAAUACCUGGACGCGCCUUACAACGAAGACACAGUUCCGUCAGACCCCAGACUAUGGACAAGAGAGGACGUGACGUCAUGGCUACGCUGGAUUUCUGAGGCGUACAGCCUCGAGAACGUCAAACUAGACAGGUUCGAGAUGAACGGCAAAGCGCUCUGUCUCAUGACCCUCGACAUGUUCCUCUACAGAGUCCCCGAGGGGGGGAGGGUGCUGUACCACGACUUUCAACGAAGACUUAGACUAGCGCUAGGGUCAUGAUAAAGGGCUGAGAUUGGGCUGCCUGUGGUUUUUAAUGGGCUACGCAUGCGCAUGAAAUGGGUACGUUUUAGCUUCCAACAAGAAUAAGGAUUUCGUUCACGCGUUCGAGUGACACAAGGUGUAUAUAAGAGUUCUUACUAUUUUGUACAAAUUCAUGGUAUAAAAGAGAAAGUUAUUAUUAUUUGCGUGUGUCCAUAUAGGGUUUAUCCACGAGAUACAAACGGAGACUAUUUGAUAGUGAACAGAUUUAAUUUAAAUGUUACAUACGGGCUCGACUUUCUUUAGUACGAUUUUCCAAUUAUUUCAAAAUACUUUCCAGUCUGUUGUAGUUUUCUAUUAUCCCAAUAGCUCUCCCUAGCUACAUUCAUAUCCAUGCGGUCCCUAUUUUCAUAGAGCGGGGACUAGAAACUAGUGGCUCGAGCCCGCAGUACACUUAUGUACAUAAAUAUGCGCGCGCACCGCUGAUGUAAAUAUUGUAAUAAAGAGAGGACUUUUGUUCAAAGUA